AUGUUUAAUUGGCUCACGAGCUGGAUGCCUAAUAUCGCUCCUAGCGGACCCCUUCCGGCAGAACAGAAGGGCAUACUCUCUCCCGUUGGCGAUACCGUUGGACAGGUGCUGGACAAAGGGCUGAAGCCAGUCGGACAUGUUGUCGGGCAAGUAACCGGGCCCGCAGGAGACGCUGCCGGAAAUGUCAAAGAUCAGGCGAAGAAGGAGCACGGCAUUGGCGACGGAGAGGACAAGAACAAGCCGGAUAGCGAGCUUCCCGGUGGUGAACGCGUCGGUGGCAAGACUCAGAGUGGGCAGAACCCGCUGGGCCUGUAG